AUGGCCAAUAAUUCAAUUAAACUAUUAGCGCCUGAUGUUCAUAGAGGUUUAGCUGAAUUAGUCUCUAAAAGAUUGGGAGUUCCAUUAACUGAUUGUAAAUUACAACGAGAUCCAACCGGUGAAGUGUCUUUCUCAAUUGGUGAGUCUGUUAGAGAUCAAGAUAUUUUCAUUAUUACACAAAUUGGUUCAGGGGAAGUUAAUGACCGUGUUUUGGAACUUCUGAUCAUGAUUAAUGCUUCUAAAACUGCCUCAGCAAGAAGAAUUACAGCAAUUAUUCCAAAUUUCCCAUACGCUAGACAAGAUAGAAAAGAUAAGUCUCGUGCUCCAAUUACUGCUAAAUUGAUGGCUGAUAUGUUAACCACUGCAGGUUGUGAUCAUAUUAUUACUAUGGACUUACAUGCUUCUCAAAUUCAAGGUUUUUUUGAUGUUCCUGUUGAUAACUUAUAUGCUGAACCAAGUGUUGUUAGAUAUAUUAAGGAAAAUGUUAACUAUGAAGAAGCUAUCAUUAUCUCUCCAGAUGCUGGUGGUGCUAAGCGUGCAGCCGGGCUUGCAGAUCGUUUAGAUUUAAAUUUUGCUUUGAUUCACAAGGAAAGAGCUAGAGCUAAUGAAGUUUCCCGUAUGGUUCUUGUUGGUGAUGUUACUGACAAGAUAUGUAUCAUUGUAGACGAUAUGGCUGACACAUGUGGUACAUUAGCUAAGGCUGCUGAAAUCUUAUUGCAAAACCGUGCUAAAUCUGUUAUUGCAAUUGUUACUCAUGGUAUUCUUUCUGGUAAUGCUAUUAAAAACAUUAAUAAUUCCAAGCUGGAUAAAGUGGUAUGUACUAAUACCGUUCCAUUUGAAGAAAAGAUGAAGGAAUGUCCAAAGUUAGAUGUUAUUGAUAUUAGUAGUGUUCUUUCUGAAAGUGUUCGUCGUCUACAUAAUGGUGAAAGUAUUUCUUUCCUUUUUAAACAUUCUCCAUUGUAG